UCUCUGCACUUCCUCUAAUGAUGCUCCCAGUAUAACAGCUGGAGGUUACUGAGCACUCAUGGCUGUGGUGUACGCUGAUCUGAGGUUUGCCAGAUCUUCCCACAAGACAGACGCGGCACAAGUCCCCACACAUGAAGACUGGGGCCUAACAUAUGAGAAUGUGACCAGCUUGAGAGAAAAUGAAGAAAGAAAGACGACGACUCCACCAAAACCCAACGCUCUGCGAGGUGCCUGCGACCUUCUCACCCCGUACAUCACUGCCAUCCUCUCCCUCCUGUUUCUCACUUUCCUGGCGGCCACCAUCGGACUGUCCGUACGCUUGUCACAGGUGUCCCAGAACAAGCACGAAGUAGCCGCCAGGUUAGAAGGACUGUGGGGACAACAUGAUGAUCUGAACUCCAGUUUGACCAGUAAGAUCCUCACAAAGGAUGCUGAAGCCCAGAAGCUUGGAGAGGUCCUCAGACAGACCAAGGCUGAAUUAGAACAGACCAAGACUUACCUGGAUAAGAGCCAAGAAGAGUUGAGAACAAAAACUCAGCAGCUGCAGAGAACUAUAAAGGAGAAAGAGGACCUUGAGUCCAAAUCCAGGAGUCUCCAAGACAAUGUACGGAACCUAAAUAACAAACUGCAGGAGAAGCAGACUGAAUGUGAUACUAAUCUGCGUCAGGCCGAGUCACAGUUCCGGUCAUGUUCUCAAACACUCGCACAAAGCAAAACAUCUCUGACUGAUACUGAGAGGAAACUGCGCACAACUCAGAAUAAUUUAUACAGCAAGGAUCGAGAACUCACUGUGACAAAGAAAGAUCUGCAGAAAGUCAGGAGCGACCUAUCACAGAGCUCCCAAAGCGCAGGAGUACUGAGGAAGAGCCUCAAUGACAAGACGCAAAUACUGAGCGAUGCAGAGGAAUGUUUCCGGAACAGCUGUGAAGGUGGCAGGAAUCUGUAUGAUGUGGGAUACGGUGGGUUUAGCUACUGCCCAGGCACCUGGAAGGAGAUAAAUGGCAAAUGCUACUAUUUCUCCAGUGACGAGAAGAUGAGAUAUAUUGCUGAGGAAUACUGCAAAAAACGCGGAGCGACGCUGGCGAAGAUAGAAGAAAAUGACCAUAUCAUAAAGGAAUUAAUUAGAAAGAAUGUUAAAAGUUACUGGAUCGGUUUACGGAAGGUUGGGAAGAUGUGGCAGUGGCCUGACAUGUCCACUCAGUCAGAUUUACUUGAGAACUACAAUAGUCCUCCCUGUGUUACAGCAUCUCCCCAGCUAACGACCCAACGGUGUGAUGCUCAACUGCCCUGGAUAUGCCAGAAGAAAACUGAGACAUGUAACUUCAGUAUGGACACUCUGCGCUGUUUUGGGGAAAAAAUUGGGUUUUUUGGAGAGAAACAUCCAGGAGAAGAUGAACUGUAGGAAGACUUUGUAGAGGUCCAGCUCUGCUUCACUAUGAAGGACCUCAGCUCUGAUCCUCUGUGGGGCUCUAGCUCUGCUCCACUAUGAAGGACCUCAGCUCUGAUCCUCUGUGGGGCUCUAGCUCUGCUCCACUAUGAAGGACCUCAGCUCUGAUCCUCUGUGGGGCUCCAGCUCUGCUUCACUAUGAAGGGCUUCAGCUCUGAUCCUCUGUUGGGCUCCAGCCCUGCUCCACUAUGGAGGGCCUCAGCUCUGAUCCUCUGUUGGGCUCCAGCCCUGCUUCACUAUAGAGGGCCUCAGUUCUGAUCCUCUGUAGGGCUCCAGGUCUGCUCCACUAUGAAGGUUCUCAGCUCUGAUCCUCUGUGGGGCUCUAGCUCUGCUUCACUAUGAUGGUCCUCAGCUCUGAUCCUCUGUUGGGCUCUAGCUCUGCUUCACUAUGAAGGUCCUCAGCUCUGAUCCUCUGUUGGGCUCCAGCUCUGCUCCACUAUGAAGGGCUUCAGCUCUGAUUCUCGGUGGGGCUCCGGCUCUGAUCUUCUGUGAGGAGCCUCAGCUGUGAUCCUCUGUGCUGACCCCUUGACCUUCCCCACGCUACUAAUCUGUGGGUCUGGUUCUUGCUAACUGAAGACCCAUUUGUGCUUAUAUCUAUGAAUUCCUAUAUAAGUCUUUCCAGCUGCAUAGGGAGACACUUAGAAGCCCCAUGGGGUAUUACUGCAGAGUGUGAGGCUGCCUGAACCACUGACCUUCCAAUGGGCAUUGAGGUUGACAGCUUUGUAUGAGCAGGGCUAGUGCCACCACUAGACAAACCCAGACAGUCACCUAGGGUGCUAGGGCAUACAGUGCUUCCCAGUGCAUGUGUGAGCUGCGGGGGACACUGGGAAGUCCUGUAGGGUCACCUAGAGGAAAGUAAUAGGCUUCUGUUAGGCAACUCCACCCAGAGUUUGAUGCAUAUGGGCAAUGCAAUGAACCCUCCAUAAUGUGUAUUUUCGGAGGAUUGGUUGCAUUUAGAGCAUAGUGCAUCCCCUGUAUAGUGACUGUCACAGGACUUAAGGGAAGAAUAUUUUUCUUUCCCUGUAAAAGUUAUGGAUACACCAAGUAAGUGCUGUCACUUUUGAUAAACUGGCUGUGGUGCUUUUAAAAAAAAAAAGCAGGGUCACCCGGCGUGACGCGGCGCAGAUAUGUCAUGUGUAGCAGUUCUUAUAUAUUAGCUAAUUAUUUGGUAAAUAGACCAGAUGCUAUUUACAAAAUAUACAAAAGCUCUGAUUAGAGAAAUAAAAUGAAAGUUUAACUAAACAAAAGUUUAUUUCAGCAAAAUUAAAUAAAUGUUAUUGCGACUAUGAUUAAUUAAUUAACUAAAUCUAUUUUCUCUAUCGUCCUAGUGGAUGCUGGGGUUCCUGAAAGGACCAU